AACCUCACACGUUGUAGAGAGCUACUAUAGUUAGAGCCCAAAUCUCAAUGGCCCUUCAGAGACACACUGAAAAGGAAGCAAGGGUUGGGUUAGUAGUGUAACUUGGCUAUCUUUUGCCAUUUGGAGGUGGUGAGGGAAAUCAAGUGAGUGGAAUCAGAAAUGUUGCCUUGCAUAGCGUGUUCCAAGCAGCUCAAUAAUGGAUCUGUUCACCAACAACAGGAGGAAGAAGCUGUGCAAACACCAAGCACCAAGCAAGCCAUCAAGGCUCUUACUGCUCAGAUCAAGGACAUGGCAGUGAAGGCUUCUGGGGCCUAUAAGAAUUGCAAGCCUUGUUCAGGAUCUUCCAAUUGUAACAAGAACAGAAACUAUGCUGACUCUGAUAUGGGUUCAGAUUCAGCAAGGUUCCACUGGGCCUACCGCAGACCUGGGAGCUCCAAUUCAACCCCAAGGAUGUGGGGGAAGGAAAUGGAAGCUAGACUGAAAGGGCUUUCCAGUGGGGAAGCAACACCAGCAUCAGUGAGUGGACGUACUGAGUCAGUAGUGUUCAUGGAGGAGGAUGAGCCCAAGGAAUGGAUUGCACAAGUGGAGCCUGGUGUGCUUAUUACUUUUGUUUCAUUGCCUCAGGGUGGGAAUGAUCUGAAGAGGAUACGGUUCAGUCGUGAAAUGUUUAAUAAAUGGCAAGCUCAGAGGUGGUGGGCAGAGAAUUAUGACAAAGUAAUGGAGUUGUACAAUGUUCAAAGGUUCAAUCAACAAGCAGUUCCUCUUGCAACCCCACCUAGAUCUGAAGACGGGAGUUCAAAGAUUGAAUCUUCCAGGGACAGCCCUGUCACUCCUCCUCUCAUCAAAGAGCGAACAACCCGGCAUUUUCACCAUCCAAUGGGAAUGGGAUACUCCUCAUCAGAUUCACUGGAUCACCACCAAAUGCAACCUCACCCUUGCUAUGUAACAAGCGGUCUAGCCUCAACGCCUAAACUUUCCAACAUUAGUGGGACAAAGACCGAAAGAUCAUCCAUUGAGGGUUCUGUAAGGACAAGUUCAUCAGGGGAGGGAGAUCACUCAGGUGAGCUUUCAGUCAGCAAUGCCAGUGAUAUGGAAACUGAAUGGGUUGAACAGGAUGAACCAGGAGUAUACAUCACUAUCAGAUCUCUUCCAGGUGGAGCCAGAGAACUUAGGCGUGUCCGGUUCAGCCGAGAAAGGUUUGGUGAAAUGCACGCCAGAUUGUGGUGGGAAGAGAACCGGGCUAGGAUACAAGAACAAUACUUGUGAUUGUGACUAUAGAAGAGCCUUUACACAGACAACUGCUUCAGUAGGCUAACAGAGCUUUACAGUAUUGUGCAUUCUAAGAUCCAGUUUCCUUCCUUCUUUCCAGUGGAUAAUUUGCAUUUAGCUUCAACUUUGGACUUUGGAGUUCACUGUAGCUGUGGAGAACUGCAUAUGUUGAGAAAUAUUAAAUUAUGAUAGUGAAAUUUUAGUUGUAGUUAAACUUGUUAACGCCAAUGUCUUGCAGUGUUAAUUGUCAAAUGUUUUCCAUCUUGUAUGAAUUUUGAACUAUUCUAAGUGAUGU